CAGAACAAAACAAAACCCUAUCCCUCUCUUCGUAACCGUUUAUAUAAUCACCACUCAUCUUCUUCAAACUCUCUCUUCUUCGUUCUUAUCAUCAUUCAUUCAAUUCAUUUCAUUUCAUUAAAUUUCUUCAAUUUCUAGGGUUUCUAAUCCCCUCUUUUCACCAUUAUAUUUAUUACAUCUUCCUAAUUAUCGUUAAUUUAUUUAUUUUUAAAUAACUAAUCGAAUCAAAUUUUAAAUUCUGAAUCUCGAACCAAAACCCUAACCCUAACCCUUACUCGCUUUCUCGCGAUAAGUUCUUUCAAUUCAAUACAAUCCAAUCCAUGGUGCCGCCACCGCCGCUGUCGUCGAGUAGAUUCACCCGCGGCCACGGCGCGGCGGACGGGCCGGAGGCUCCGUCGAACAAUCUUUGGGUUGGAAACUUGUCAGCGGACACGAAUGAUGCCGAUCUGAUGGACUUGUUCAUCAAAUACGGUGCGCUUGAUAGCGUUACGACAUACUCGUCGAGGAGCUUCGCGUUCGUGUACUUCAAGCGCGUAGAGGAUGCGAAGGCCGCGAAAGACGCGCUGCAAGGGACCAGUUUGCGUGGGAAUCCGCUCAAGAUCGAGUUUGCGCGACCGGCCAAACCUUGUAAACUAUGGGUGGGUGGAAUUAGUCCAACUGUAUCAAAAGAAAUGGAAGAGGAAUUUCUCAAGUUUGGUAAUGAGGAUUUUAAAUUUCUUAGAGACCGCAAUACUGCAUUUGUCGAGUAUUUCAGAUUGGAAGAUGCUUCCCAAGCCAUGAAAAACAUGAGUAAGCAAAUAGGUGGACAGAUACGUGUGGACUUCCUUCGAUCACAACCCUCAAGAAGACAUCCACAAUCUUCAGCAGCACGAAAGGGAGAUGGUCAACCUAGUAAGAUUUUAUUAGGCUACCCCCCUUCUGUUCAGGUUGAUGAGCAGAUGCUUCACAAUGCAAUGAUCCUAUUUGAGAUUGAGAGAAUUAAGAGUUUUCCUUCAACUUACUCUUUUGUGGAAUUUAGAAGUGUGGAUGAGGCUCGGCGUGCUAAGGAGGGUUUACAAGGUCGGUUGUUUAAUGAUCCUAGAAUCACUAUUAUGUUUUCGAGUAGUGACCUGGCACCAGGAAAAGAUUACCCUGGUUCAUAUCCUGGAGUAAAAGGGCCAAGGCCGGAGAUGCUUUUAGGUGAUCACCAUUAGACCUUCUCAAAUGAUAUGCUUGGUCAUAAUCAUCAAAUGAUGCCGAAUAAUUUUUCUGGGUCGCAAUCUGGUGGUGUUCAUGACAAUAUGACAAUGAGGACUUUUGGUGGCCAUGGUAAUUUUGAACCUAUUUCAGGUAUGCAAGAAACUAAUCCCACAACUGGAGCCAACUGGAGAAGGCCGUCACCUUCACCUGGGAUGCGUACAUCUGGUUCAUGGGACGUAUCUGAUGCAAGCCAAUUUCAAAGAGAUCCUAAACGUUCAAGGAUAGACAGUUCCUUGUCCAUUGAUGAUGCUGCUUUUCCUUCAAGAAGGAUUGAUGAUCAUGCUAGGAUUUGAGCAGCCGUAUGGCUUGGUCCAAUCACUGGUGGAGGUGCUUCUGUUGCAUUUAUGAGUCAAGGGAGGAGUCAUCUUAGUCCAGGGGGUACAAAGGUGGCAGCUGGAGCUGAUAAUGAUUGCAUAUGGCGUGGAAUUAUUGCUAAGGGUGGGACCCCAGUUUGUCAUGCUCGAUGUGUCCCUAUAGGAAAGGGUAGAUCUGAGCUUCCUGAAGUUGUUAAUUGCUCAGCAAGGACGGGAUUGGAUAUGCUUGCCAAGCAUUAUGCUGAAGCUAUUGGAUUUGAGAUUGUUUUCUUCUUGCCUGACAGUGAAGACGAUUUUGCUUCCUAUACAGAAUUCCUUCGGUACCUGGGUUCAAAAAACCGUGCAGGUGUUGCCAAGUUUGAUGAUGGGACAACCUUAUUCUUGGUCCCUCCCUCAGAUUUCUUGACGAAGGUAUUGAAUGUUGUGGGGCCAGAACGUUUAUAUGGUGUUGUUCUGAAACUGCCUCAGCAAUCCAUGCAUCCAUCACAGACUGUUGAACGACAGAAUAUUCCUCUGCAUGCUGACUAUACUUUGACUCGCCUGAAGGAGGAACAGGUUUUGCCAAUGGACUAUGGCAGGUUUUCACAUGAUGACCCAAAGGUUCCAUCAAAACCUCAAUUCCUGCAUGCAAGUGAGUCCCAAUUGGUGCAGCCAAGUUCCCUGGAUUACGGAUCACAUAAUACUGCUGCCAUUUCCCAAGCUGGAGUGAGUUUAACCCCAGAGCUUAUUGCUACUCUAGCUUCAUUAGUGCCUGGAACUACACAGUCUGCAGAAAGUGCUCUGCCAACAACAGGCUCCUCAACAAUGAGACCAUUAUUACCUGAGCUUGCAGGUCGUUCUGUUGAACAACUGGGCAAUCAGUUUAAUCAUCAAGCUCAACCAUCUCAGAUUCAUAAUUAUGCACCUCUUUCAAACCAUUCUGCUCAAAUGCCCCAUGGCAGCUCUCAAUAUCAAGAGUUGACUGUCAGCAUGCCACAGCCAGGUGCAGUGUCUUCUAGGCCAUUGACUAAUUACGCAGUUGCUCCUCAAAGUGCACAUAUAUCUGUUUCUCCGACAGUCAGUCAGCAGAAUCAGUUUGCAGUUCCUCCAAGUACUCAAAAAGGCUAUGGAAUGGUGCAUGGAACUGAUGCUUCCACACUAUAUGGUUCACCAGUUUUUCAGCAGCCUAACAAUCAUACUGGAGCAUCAAAUCUGGUCAAUGUUUCUCAAACACAAAAUAUUAUGUCAGUGCCAGCUGAUAAAGUGAAUUCCGAGUAUCCCAAUCAGAUGCAGCAGCUUCAGUCUGUGCUCUCUGGAGCUGGUCAGGGUGCAUCUGAGGAUGAGGUUGAUAAGAACCAGCGAUACCAGUCAACAUUGCAAUUUGCAGCUAAUCUCCUCCUUCAGAUACAGAACCAGCAACAACAGCAGCAAGCAAAUACUCCUGCCGGCCGAGGGACUGGAAAUCAGCUAUGAGAUAUCCCUGAUCUCGGUAAUGUUCUUCUACCAUGACUAGUUCUCUUAAAUGGAUAUGCCUAUUGAAAAAAAGAAAAUUCUGCUUGGUGAUAUACUUGUCCAUUUUAGUUAGAAUGCUUUUGGAGUUGUUUGUUUAUAGUUUGGUUCCAUUUUAGUCCACUGUCUUCUUUAGGGUAACUAAAGCACAUAUAAUGUGAUAUCUCGGCUUUUUAUGGUCUGUGAAAACCUUUCGAUAAAGUAAAUUGUUCUGGAAUUCAAGGGAUUUUCCUUAUUCAGAGACUUUCAAUUAGAUGUUGUGUUGGAAUUUCAGUAUUAGCAGAGGGAUAUAUACACAUUAUUUUCUGGAGCUAGACAUGGCAUAUUAGAAAAUAAAAAUUUGAGAUCUUAGGCAUCUGAAAUAGAGGACUGAUCCAUAGUUUUGUGUUCAAGUUAUUGACAUCUCCAGAGUGAGGAUAAUAUCAGGGAUUUGUGCUAAUGAGCUGCUUUAGAAUUUGUUAGAAUUUUGUGAAUAGGAGACUCUGUAUCCCUAAAUUAAGGUGUAUACUGAUUACUGAUUCUUCAUUGUUGGUGAUAGGUAGUUUUUUCCUGGAUCAAGGGAAUGUUUUAAGUAAAACGUUUUGUUCUAGCAUUUGAAGCUUUCUUCCUGAGAAGAGUUUUUUAGGCUUUGUUUCUUUCGCUAUAUAAAUUGAUGUUGAAGAUUGUGGAGUGUUGAAGUUGGAUUAACCUGUGUGAUCUUUGAAUUGACUGUGAAGUUACUACAUUUUGUUAAUCUUGGAGAUUUGCAUAUUGUCUGAUUCUGGAAUGUUGCUGAGCAGUAUGGGUGACAAAUCAUGCUCUUAUGUGUCUGCUUUCUUUUUGUUUUUAAGGAGACAUCUUUCUUUUGGAAAAUCCAGGUUGCUUGAUCUCUCAUCUUUGAUCAAUUUUUGCUGCUUUUAAAACUUUUUCAGUGAUUAGAUUUUCAUGUUGCAGUAUAGUUGUAGAUGAAGUCAUCUAGAUCUUAAUUUGUUUUUUCAACUACAAGGAAAGUUUCAUUUAAUUUUAGGAUUUGAGGCAGGAUGGAGUCUUCUGAAGUUUUUAUCCAAUUCUUUAAUUGGAGAUAAGAAAGCAAUGAUGAAUGGUUUUUGGUGCUUUAUUUUGGGGAACAUUACCUUGGUAGUAAUUUCGGCAACAUUUCACAAUGAUUCAGUUUCUAUAUGGAAAUAUAUCUCUUAACAACGUUGAAAGUUAGGGUGUGGUGAUGUUACGAAUGAAUUUUUAUUAUUGUGAAUUCAUAUAGAAUGGACUCAUAUUGAAGGUUAUAGUUGAUGGGAUUCAGGGACAGAAGGAUUUCAUUAUUCGCCUAGGAGUACCUUUUUAUGCACCCUUGGCCCAAAGUCUUUUACCUGUCCAUGUUAGUUUCAGUUUCUCCUUCGUAAGAUUGAGAUUACAAGUGUCUUUUGCUUAACCUCACUUUCAAUUGGUCUUUGUUUGUUGUUGGCCCCAGAACUUACCUUGUUCUUUCUUCAUGUUUCAUUUGGUGUUCCAAUUUUUUGUCUGUUUGGAGUCCAUCCAUUUUAUGCAGUAAAUUGUGUUGGUUAUUGAAGUUCAAUUACUUUGACGUGGAUGUAGUAGACUUAUUGAUCUGUAAAAUUAUGAAUCUCUUUUCUGAAAUCUGUUUCUAUAACGUGAUUGCUGGUGAUUCUUCUUGUCUGAUGGGAUUUUAUGUUUAUUGCUGUGUUUAUUAUUAACAUGUGUUAGAUUUACUCUUGUUUGGUCUGCGUUGAUAUCGUUAUGCAUUCUGUCUACCAUUGCAUGUUCUCAUGUUAAUAAUAGGCUUCUCAAUAAUUGCUUUAGAUGAUUAAUUUUAUACAUGAUUCUAUAGUAUUUGGCUUGCUCUCAUAUUACAGCUUGAUUUUCUAAUUUUUUGGAGCUUUUUAUCAAAGAGAUAUGAUUACUUUUUACUGACCUUUAGAGUGAAUCUUUCUUCAUCGAUUAUCAUAUUGUAACUAUUUUGAGUUGUAAUUUUACUUUGUAUGAGUUAGUUUUAACUUUAUUCAGAAAAACUAUUUUGAGAUGCAUAAUGUACUUGUGUCUCUUAAAGUAUGUCAAGACAAUUGCCCUCAAUGAGUCUUCAACUUGUAAAAGACACCCAAAAAGAUUAUCAUAAAAAAAUUUAAGCCUGUCAAAUUUGCUCUGGUACUAAUUUCUUUAAAGUUCAAUAAGUUGAAAUAAGAAGGGUUCAGUUUUUUUCCCCUAGUGAAAUAGGCUCGAAACACUCUAAUCUCGUGGUUUUUUGCAAAAAGUGACCCCUUGAGUUAAUGAACUUAUUCUCAUGUUUAGGGAUUUACCGAGUUGACAGUGCAUCCAUCAUAUUUUGCCGCGCUAUAAUAGGCCAAGCUUGUAUUAGCCAGUAAGAAAGGUCAAGGAACCAACCUAAACCAUAUAGAUUGAAUUUGAUUAGAGGAAAUAACGUCGAAACUUAAUAGCAAUUUGUUUUUGUUUUCAAUAUUUCCGCAGGGAGAACUCGGAUUGAAAUUACUAGAGAAAACUUAGAAAUAGGGAAUUACUAACUGGGAAGCAAUGUGUUUUCAAAUGCUCAACCCCUUGAAGGUUUUUAUUGAAGAGGUCAAGUAGAUAGUGGACUUAAUAAGAAUGAUGUUUUCUAACAUUCAAAACACGAAACCUGCCCACCGCCGAAAGUUUUACCUAUAAUACACCGUCUACUAGUAACUGGUAUUCAAUUUUAGAAAGUGAAGAGUCGUGAACAUAAAACAUGAGAUUCAUAAAUGUUAAACAUCAAUCCUAACAUGGAACGUAAAAUUCGUAAUAUUUGAAGUAUAUCAAUGCUGGGAUCGUAUCAGUAUCGGGAUUGUAUAGUAGAAGAAGAUAUACUUGUAAUGAAUAUAAAAUACAAGUUUAGCAGAUUGAAAAUCAAUGAUAGAAGCGCAGAAACAUUGCCUUUUAAAAGAAAAUAUGCAUCUAUUAUUACUUCUGAUUUUAAGACAAGUUGCCUGGGAAGAGUUUUGAACAAUGCACUCUAUUUUCUAACAAAAAAUCUCAGUUACCAUAAUUCUACCUUCAAUUUUGUUUUGUUCAUAAUCUGUGCAAAGAGAUGAAGGUGGAAAUAUCUUCGUAAAUUUCAUUAGGUAUGCAAUGGAGAUUUGGUUAACUUGUAAGAUUGAAGCAAGUUUUGCGAGUUUCAUGUUCUAUAUCCGUGACAAAGUUAUAGUUCAAAGUUCUAAGUUAAAAAUACAGUGUAUUUUAUAUCAGAAACGGUACCUCAGGGCCCAGAUCUAACCCUUUUCAAUCGAUAUUUGAGAGCAACUUGAGGGCACGAUAUAUUUUUUUUGGCAGAAAAAUUUUGCUAUAUAUAGUAUAACAAUUAUCUGGGUGGUCAAUAUAGUUGAAAAUUGCAAAUCGUAUCGGACAACAAUUUCAAUGAAUCUGCAAAUGCUUUUAACAACCCAAAAGAUAAAAAUACCAAGUGGGAGAGAACUUUUUUUGGGUUUUCUGCGUUUGAUAUUGAACAAGUUAGAAUUUCAAUGGUCAGUUGCUUAAGCAAUUAAUGUUGGAUAAUGAUAAUAAAAAAUAUUAAUCAAAUUUAAUUAGUCGUCCCUUUUGUAAGUGUUAUUAGUUUAUGUUUUUUCAAACCAGAUCUAAGAAUGAGAAUCACCUUCAAUUUCGAUGUAUUGGGUUUCACCUAACAGGGCUUUUGUGUAUCUCAUUUCA